AUGGCCAUCCUAGGGACGGCCCUCAACGGCAUCGGCGCGCUCUUCCUCACACAUGCCGUCUACUCGACCCACGAACACACCGCAACCUUCGCAUCCACGCCCCUCCCCCUCGACAUCUCGCUCGAACUCCUCACCUCCAUUCUUAUCCUCUCCCUCGGCAUCGUCAUAUCGUUUGCGCCACUAAAGCCAAUACAAUACGCACAAUGGGCGGGCCAGAUUUCGCGGGAAGGACGACACGGCGAGGGCUACUACACAAAAGAGGGCGAGGAGGUUCUGAGUGAGGGUGAUCCGUAUGCGUUUUUGGGUCUGGAUGGCGGGAUUGGUGGGAAGGGGGAGGGGAGGAAGGGGUUCUGGGAUGUAAAGGGGAAGAGGAAAGAGUAUGAGGAGUGGGUUAGGCAGGGUGGGAAACAGUAG